CUGAGCUAAUAUUCAGACACCUGAAUAUUUUGUUCUGUCUCCCUUCAUCAAUUCUUCUCUAAUUUGUCCUAAAUAUUUAGCUGUCAGUCUGGUAGUAUCUCUUCUUAAAGAUGCUCGUGCGUAUCUUGCAAUUAUCAUAUCGGGUCGACGACGAGUCGGCGACUGCUGCGCGCCUGCGCCUACGUAUAAGAAGAGAAUCGAAGUGAAAAAUAGGUCAUUUUGCGAAACACAAUCAGUAGUUGGUAGCUCAGUUGAUAGUGCUAUUAGGCAGCUUCUCUUGCCAACUCAAUUGAGACUACGACAUGAGAAUUAGAAUUGCAGAGCAGGUGAAGAUGCAGAAGCAGAGUACAUAACGAUGGCGUUAGGACUCGACGUUCAGAGAGUGAGCUAGUCAGCACGCCAUUGAUUUUUGUGCAGAGAUCGAUGGAUAGACGGCGGAUUCGGCCAGAUGUGGAGAUCGAAUCUGUCGCCGACGACUCUGCCAAUUAUGUCCAGAACAUCAGGUUGGUGAUUGACAUCGGCGACAGGACGAUCCAGGUCCCUCUCAAUGGCCACACCGUCGUGCAGAACAUCGGCCGUCAGGCUGCCGCCUCCGUCGCCGGUGAUUCGUCGUCAGCCGGCGGCGUUAGUGAGAAAGCCGGUGGCGGCGGCGAGGAGUGGCUGCAAGAACAGGACGGCUUGCUGUGCAUGCGCGGGUGGCUGAUGGCGGCGGCCACGCUGUUCGCCGCCAUGGCGUUCCAGGCGGCGCUGCAGCCGCCGGCGUGGAUGCCGAGGCCGCGUGACUGGUUCGCGGCGCUGCUCGCCGCCGACCCGGCGGCGGCCGCCGUCACGAGGGACCAGGCCGGGAAGGCGAUGCUGUAUCUGAUCGUCAGCACCUGCACCUUCGCCACGUCGCUCGCCGUGCUCCUGAUGCUGCUCGCCGUGGGCGGCGGCGGCGGCUGCGCGUCGAGGAGGGUCACCGCGAGGCUGAUCUCCAACAUGAUGACGGCCGUCGCGCUCUUCGCCGCGGCGACGUUCGCGCUCUGCGUCGCUGACGACUACCGGCUCAUGGCGUUCGUCGGCACCGUCGUCGCCGUGUACGCCGCCGUCACGGUCGUCUUCGUCAGGUGCAACCUUGCUCUACCGUUUGGGAGAGGCGGCGGCGGCCAUGGUUGUUGUAGCUGGGUGCCAAGAAUGUAAAAAGACCGAUAAUACUGGGCCGGCCAUGCGUUUGAUUCAGCCAUAUAUUAUUACUAUAUACACGCGCGGCGCAAUGCACAAUAAUGGAGUUUUGUACCACAUGAAAAAUUUAUAGUGGUAGAGACCCGCAUUAAACA